AUGGCAAUGGAGAAGACGACCCUCCCUGAUGAUAUUAUUGUGGAAAUUCUCUUGAAGCUACCCAUGGAAUCUUUAAUCCGAUUCAGUUGCGUUUCGAAAAGGUGGCGUUAUUUAGUAAUCUCUGACCCGGAAUUCGCACAACACCAUUUUAAAUUAGGUUCCAAGCAUAAAACCCUCAAGCGCAGACUCCUCUUCUCAUCAACUUCCUCUAAAUAUCCAUAUGAAUUAAACUGGCCAGAGCACUUGUUUGGAUCCGUAGACUUGGAAGGCGAUUCUCCAGUGAUCAGUAAGCUCGUCAGCCCAUUUAAGCAGGGCAAUGGUGCCAUUAUACUGGGAUCCUGCAACGGCUUGGUAUGUGCACAAUUUCAAGAAAAGUUUUACAUCUGUAACCCAUCAACCGGAUUGUCCAACACAUUAUGUAACAGUGGUUUUUUAGAAUAUUUUCGGUCAAAAGCUAAUGGGAGGAGGCGUCGUGUUGAAAUGUCUCCUAUUUAUCAUGGUUUCGGUUAUGUGUCGGCUACUGAUGACUACAAACUUGUGGUAGCCAUUGGUUGUUUUCAUCGUAAUGUGGAGGUUGCAAUCUUCUCACUGAGAGACAACGUUUGGAAAUGGGUUAAAGCCCCUCGUGACUACUCUAAUUAUGGCAUGGUGUCUCCUCACGGGGCUCUUUUAAAUGAGGCACUGCAUUGGUUCUACAAUCCCCGGCAAAAUGAACAAUGUAUCUGUGCUUUUGAUUUAGCUAAGGAGGAGUUCCGGGUGAUGCCUCUGCCUGUUCUUAGCGAAGCUGAUAAAUUUGAUUUGCGUUUUCAAUAUCUAGGGGUUCUUGAAGGAUGCCUGAGUUUGUCAGGGUGGAAGUCUCAGGGCUCUAUUGAAAUCUGGGUCAUGAAAGAAUAUGGCUUGCGUGAAUCAUGGAAUCAUCUGUUCAAGUUCGACAUUGUGUGUUACGUACCGGUCUUGGUUUCUAAAAGUGGUAACAUUGUGGUGAAACAAAUUUGGUCCAAUGACAUGGCGGUGUAUGAAUGGCCAUGGGCGUUAUGA